AUGUCGGUCACCGUUCUGAAACCCAGGCAUCCCGGCCAGGGUGCCGGGUAUUCGUUUGUUCCUGUUGUACCACCGACGACGGAGGGCUGGACGACCUCCCGCUGGUCGACUAGCUGGACAUCUAGCUGUACGACAACGACAACCAUCACCGAAGCGCCUUGUCCUUGCGAGGAGACAGCGACGAGCAUCGCCCCCAUCCACACCACCACCGGCAGCCCCGCGACGGUCGUUGUCUACGAGCACCACCACGGCGGAUUGUCGCCUGGCGCAGUAGGCGGGAUCGUCAUUGGCGCCUUCUUCGGUCUUCUUUUGCUUGUCCUACUCUGUAUCUGCUGCUUCCGUAGCUGGCGCCGCCCCUAUUACUACGACUCAGAUACGUCGUCGACCUCCUCGCGCCGUCGGCGACCCAUCGGUAUCGCCCCCUAUCCGGAGCGGCCGGGUGCCAACCUUACCUUCAUCGGCGGCGGCAAUCAGCCAGAAACAAGGGUCGUCGUUACAAGGAGGGAGAAGGUCUUCAUCAGGCCGCCGCCCAGGACUGUUCGGACAACAACCAGGACCAAGGACAGGGUGGUGGUAGUUGAAGAGGACUGA